AUGGCUGCAUUAAGUCUUAAAGGACCUAGUUCAGGUUCAGAAUUCAAAAAUCCUGAACUGAAUUUAAAAGGCACCCAGCACAUCUUGCAAGCAGGGCAGACACUGUAUCUCAGAUGCAGGAGUGAAGCACCCCAUUCAUGGUUUUUUCCUAAAACUGUGAGAAAGGAAAACAAACACCUGACCGUAACUAAAUCUGCCUGUGGAAGGGACAAAAAACAAUUCUGCAGUACUUUGACCUUGAAUUCAGCUCAGGCAAACCACACUGGCUACUACAAAUGCAAAUAUCUGCUUGGCUCUACUUCACAACAGAAACGACCAGAAUCCGCGAUCUAUAUAUUUAUUAGUGAUACAAAUAGACCUUUUGUAGAGAUGCACGAUGAAAUACCUGCGAUUAUAUAUAUGACAGAAGGAAAGACACUCAUCAUCCCCUGCCGGGUUUCAUCACCUAACAUCAUUGUUACUCUUAAAAAGUUUCCAUUUGAUACUCUGGUCCCUGAUGGAAAAAGAAUAACUUGGGACAGUAGGAAGGGUUUCACAAUAGCCAAUGCAACAUACAGAGAAAUAGGGCUUCUGUCCUGUGAAACAACAAUCAACGAACAGUCGUAUGCUUCAAACUAUCUCACACAUCGGCAAACCAAUACAAUCAGAAGUGUCCAGAUGAGCCCAGCAAACCCAGUGAAACUACUCAGAGGUCGCACUCUUACUCUCAGAUGUACGGCCAGGACUGCUUUGAACACAAGAGUGCAGAUGACCUGGAAUUACCCUGGUAAAGGAACUGGGAGAGCUUUUAUAAGGCAACGAAUUGACAAAAGCCAACCCCAAACCAAUGUGUUCCACAGUGUUCUUAUUAUUAAAAAAAUACAGAGAAAUGACAAGGGACUUUAUGCUUGUCAGGUGAAGAGUGGACCAUCAAUAAAAUCUGUUAAUACCUCAGUGCAUGUAUAUGAAAAUCCAUUCAUCACUUUGAAACAUCGGAAAAGGCAUGUGUACGAGACUACAGCUGGCAAACAGUCCUACCAGCUCUCCAUGAGAGUGAAGGCCUUCCCUUCGCCAGAAGUUGUAUGGCUGAAAGAUGGGUUACCGGCAACAAAGAAAUCUGCUCGUUACUUGGCUCAUGGCUAUUCAUUAAUUAUCAAAGAUGUAACUGCAGAGGAUGCAGGGAAUUAUACGAUCCUGCUGGGCAUAAAGCAGUUAAAUGUGUUUAAAAACCUCACUGCCACUCUAACUGUAAAUGUGAAACCCCAAAUUUAUGAAAAGGCUGUGUCGUCAUUCCCAGAACCAACUCUCUACCCACUGGGCAGCAGGCAAGUCCUAACCUGUACCGUCUAUGGAAUCCCUCAACCUACAGUGCAGUGGUUCUGGCAUCCCUGUAACCAUAAUCAUUCCAGAGCAAGGUAUGACUUUUGUUCCAAUAAUGAAGAGUCCUUUCUCCUGGAUCCUGAUAGCAAUGUAGGCAACAGAAUCGAGAGCAUCACUCAACGCGUGGUAACAACAGAAGGAAAGAAUAAGACGGCAAGUACUUUGGUUGUGGCUGAUGCUAGAAUUUCUGGAAUCUACAGUUGCAUGGCUUCCAAUAAAAUAGGAACUGUGAAAAGAAACAUAACUUUUUAUGUUACAGAUGUGCCAAAUGGGUUUCAUGUUAGCUUGGAGAAAAUACCCACGGAAGGAGAGGACCUGAAACUGUCUUGCACAGUUAACAAAUUCUUAUACAGAGACAUCACUUGGAUUUUGCUGCGGACAGUUAAUAACAGAACAAUGCAUCACAGUAUCAGCAAGCAAAAAAUGGCCACCACUCACGAGUACUCCAUUACUCUUAACCUUAUCAUCAAGAACGUAUCCCUGGAAGAUUCGGGCACCUAUGCCUGCAGAGCCAGGAACGUAUACACAGGGGAAGAAAUCCUUCAGAAGACAGAAGUUAUAAUUAGAGAUCAGGAAGCGCCACACCUCCUGCAAAACCUCAGUGAUCACACCGUGGCCAUCAGCAGCUCUACUACUUUAGACUGUCAUGCUAGCGGUGUCCCAGAACCUCAGAUAACUUGGUUUAAAAACAACCACAAAAUACAACAAGAACCUGGAAUUAUUUUAGGACCAGGAAACAGCACUCUGUUUAUUGAAAGAGUCACAGAAGAGGAUGAAGGUGUCUAUCAGUGCAAAGCCACCAACCAGAAGGGGGCCGUGGAAAGUUCAGCAUACCUCACUGUGCAAGGAACCUCAGACAAGUCUAAUCUGGAGCUGAUCACUCUGACGUGCACUUGUGUGGCUGCGACCCUCUUCUGGCUCCUGUUAACUCUCUUUAUCCGAAAACUGAAAAGGUCUUCUUCAGAAAUAAAAACUGACUACCUAUCGAUUAUAAUGGACCCUGAUGAAGUUCCCCUGGAUGAGCAGUGUGACCGGCUCCCCUAUGAUGCCAGCAAAUGGGAGUUUGCCAGGGAGAGACUCAAACUGGGCAAAUCACUGGGAAGAGGAGCUUUUGGGAAAGUGGUUCAAGCAUCCGCAUUUGGCAUUAAGAAGUCACCCACUUGCCGGACUGUGGCUGUGAAAAUGCUGAAAGAGGGAGCUACAGCCAGUGAAUACAAAGCUUUGAUGACUGAGCUCAAGAUCUUGACCCACAUUGGACACCAUCUCAAUGUGGUUAAUCUGCUGGGAGCCUGCACCAAGCAAGGAGGGCCUCUGAUGGUGAUUGUUGAAUACUGCAAAUAUGGGAAUCUAUCCAACUACCUCAAGAGCAAACGUGACUUAUUCUUUCUCAAUAAGGAUGCAGCAUUACAAACAGAGCCUAAGAAAGAAAAACCUGAGCCAGGCCUGGAACAGGACGAGAAGCCCAGACUAGACAGUGUCACCAGCAGUGAGAGCUUUGCGAGCUCCGGGUUCCAGGAAGAUAAAAGUCUGAGUGAUGUGGAGGAAGAGGAGGGUCAUCCCCCUCCCCUAUGCUUGGAUCCAAUGGGCGAGAGGCCUGGAAAAACCUCUGCUGUUCCUUUUGAGACUCCAAUGGUCUUGCAGAUGAAUUCUGAUCCAUUUGUUGAUUCUGACGAUUUCUACAGGCAGCCCAUCACCAUGGAAGAUCUAAUUUCUUACAGUUUUCAAGUGGCCAGAGGCAUGGAGUUUUUGUCUUCCAGAAAGUGCAUUCACCGAGACCUGGCAGCACGAAACAUCCUUUUAUCUGAGAACAAUGUGGUGAAGAUUUGUGAUUUUGGUCUGGCCCGGGAUAUUUACAAGAACCCCGAUUAUGUGAGAAAAGGAGAUACUCGACUUCCUUUGAAAUGGAUGGCUCCUGAAUCCAUCUUUGACAAAAUCUACAGCACAAAGAGUGAUGUGUGGUCCUAUGGAGUGUUGCUGUGGGAAAUCUUCUCCCUAGGUGGGUCUCCGUACCCAGGAGUACAGAUGGACGAGGACUUCUGCAGUCGUCUGAAGGAAGGCAUGAGGAUGAAAGCCCCUGAGUAUGCAACCCCGGAAAUCUACCAGAUCAUGUUGGACUGCUGGCACAAAGAUCCAAAAGAAAGACCACGAUUUGUGGAACUUGUGGAAAAACUAGGCGAUUUGCUUCAAGCAAAUGUACAACAGGAUGGUAAAGACUAUAUCCCACUGAAUGCCAUACUGACAGGAAAUAGUGGGUUUACAUACUCAACUCCUGCCUUCUCUGAGGACUUUUUCAAGGAUGGUAUUUCAGCUCCAAAGUUUAAUUCAGGAAGCUCUGAUGAUGUCAGAUAUGUAAAUGCUUUCAAAUUCAUGAGCCUGGAAAGAAUCAAAACCUUUGAAGAACUUUCACCAAAUACCACCUCCAUGUUUGAUGAUUAUCAGUUGGACAGCAGCACUCUGUUGGCCUCCCCCUUGCUGAAGCGCUUCACCUGGACUGCGAGCAAACCCAAGUCCUCGCUAAAGAUUGACUUGCGCAUAGCCAGUAAAAGUAAAGAGUCGGGGCUUUCUGAUGCCAUCAGGCCCAGUUUCUGCUUUUCGAGCUGUGGCCACAUCAGAUCUGUGCAUGACAACUUGGAGCUGGGAAAGGAGGAUUCAUGCUGCUCUCCGCCCCCAGACUAUAACUCAGUGGUCUUAUACUCCACCCCACCUGCCUAAGGGUCAACACAAGCCUUAUUUCCAGAAGUACAUGUGUAUUUACAUCCCCAGAAAACUAGCUUUUGACAGUAUUAUGCAUAUAUGAGUUUACACCUUAAUCUUUGCAGGGAGCAGAGGCAGCUGCUUUUUGUGACUUAAUUUUAAUACUGCUUUUUUUUUUUUUUGACUAACAAGAAUGUAACCCCAGAUAAAUAGAGAAAUACUGACAAGUCAAGAACACUACUGCUCAAUUCUCAUAUUACUCACUGUAUUAAAAAAACCCUUUGCAAGCCCAAUGACUCACCUGCUCCAGCCCCAGAGGCCUCUGAGCACAUAGGUCAGGAGAACUCAAGAGAUCAGUUGGUCAUGUCCAGUAACCCUGAAACUGGGGCAACAAGGGAUCCCUUUAGCUCGAGGGAUCAUGUGCUCGCCUAGGCAGUGUUUCUGCAAUCCUCCGGCCAGCCCAACACAUCCAAGGCGGGAGAGCAAGAAAGGAGAGGGAAAACCAGAUGGCCAGAGAAACACUGAGAUGCCUUAUGUGGGUUGGGCUGGGGGAGGGC